GGAAGAUAAUAAUUCUUAUUGGUUUUAUUACAUGCUUACUUACUUCGAGGUAACAAACUUGAGUAAAUCUGUUGUGACUACAGACUAGAGACUAUCAGCCCCUGAGAGAUUUCUUGUGAGGUAUAUUUUGUGAGGCUAUUCUUGCUCAAACCUCAUAAGAAAAAAGCUUAAAAAAGUCACCACGUGAGGUAAAGAGCCUUUUGCUGUCAACCAGCUCUUUUAAUAAAAAUAAACAAACAAAAAUGGAUAAUCAGCAUAUGAGUACAAAAACGGAAAGGACAACUCAGGAGCAGCUGCAACAUUAUAUAAUCUUUUGUAAGCAGUAUCCUGAGUUGCAACGGGGGAAGCUAACUCCGACCAACCCUCAAGGGCUGCAAAUAUUUUGGUCGGCACAUGCAGAAGCGGCUGGAGAGGCUCUCCGAUAAAUGGAAUGACCGAAUUCGAGGAGCAAGCAACUUCAACUUUUGGGGCAGCAGCCGUGGAUAGAUUGCCGAGUGUUGCGACUUUGGGUCACCAGGUUUUGCCGUUGUAUUUAAAUACAGCGCAAGCUCCAGCUUCCUCGCCACCACCAACAGUCACAUCGCCUGCUCCAGCGCCCUCACCAACAGUCCCAUCUCCUGCUCCAGCACCCUCACCAACAGUCGCUUCGCCUGCUCCAGCAUUUCCUGUUCUUUCUCUAAAUUUUUCUUCCCAACCUUCACCUCCAGAUUCCUUAUCUCCUCCCAUCUUAUCUUGUCCUAUGCCAUCGCCUUCCUACAUCCCUUCUGAAAAAUUGACUGCAGCGAAAGUGCUUGGAGCAGUGCUAAAAAAAAUGGAGGAUCGAGAAAAGCGAGAGGAGGAGGCCAUUGCUCUACAAAGGAAAAUUGUAGAGCAAAAUGUGCAGAUGACAGGGGUGCUGAACCAAAUGGCACAAGCACUAACCUCUCUGUCAGAGGUUAUGUCUAAAUUAUCUGAAAAAUUAAAUAAGUAA